CUAGUGGUGUAAUCAAUAUGGUGUCGCCACAGUCUUAUCACUACGUCAGAAUUUGUACGUGGGAGUAUGCUAUAUCGACCCAUAUGGUUUGACAGUUCCAUGUGAAUUUCUAUGGACAUUCAUAAAAUGCUUUUCAAAUUUGAUAAAACGAAUAAUAAUUGUAUAUUCAUAAUUUAUGUUCUGUUCGCGAUUUUAUUUGAGUUUACAGAGUGCACUACUGUGAAAAAAUAUGCGUUACUUAUGCCAAAUGUUAGACCAAACAAGGAAGAACUAUAUUUAUGUACACCUGUUAAAGUGGAUCCUGCUCAGAGUUAUUAUGUGAUAGGUUUUGAACCAAAUGCAACAAUGGCAACGGCUCAUCACAUACUUUUAUAUGGUUGUGGAAAUCCAGGAAGUUCAAAAUCUGUAUGGGAUUGUGGAGAAAUGGAACAUCGUGCAGAUGAAACUACAAAACCUAUGAUGCCCUGUGCAGAUGAUUCUCAGAUAAUAUAUGCUUGGGCUAGAGAUGCACCAAAAUUAAUGUUACCGGAAGGAGUUGGUUUCAAAGUGGGUGGCGAUUCUCCCAUUAAAUAUUUAGUUCUGCAGGUUCAUUAUGCUCAUGUUGAUGCAUUUAAAGAUGGUAGAACGGAUGAUUCAGGAGUGUUUCUUCAUUAUACGUUACAUCCUUUAAAUAAACUUGCCGGUGUAUUACUGUUGGGAACUUCGGGUGCAAUACCCCCCAAGAGCAGAACAUAUAUGGAAACAGCCUGCACUAUUCGGGAGAAUAAAACUAUCCAUCCUAUAGCAUACAGAACGCAUACACAUUCUCUUGGAAAAGUUGUUUCUGGAUAUCUAGUGAAACCAGAUUAUACAUGGAUAGAACUCGGGAAAAGGGAUCCUUUAACUCCUCAAAUGUUCUAUCCUAUACAUAAUAAGGUUCCAGCUAAACAAGGAGAUCAAAUUGCAGCUCGAUGUACAAUGGAGAGUAUGCGUCAUACUUGGACAUAUAUAGGUGGAACCAGGACAGAUGAAAUGUGUAAUUUCUACCUAAUGUAUUAUGUUGAAAAUGACGACCCAUUAUCUAUGAGGUACUGUUUUUCUCCGGGUCCUCCAACUUACUACUGGAAAGAUGCUGAUCUUUUCAACAUACCUGAUGUGGAGGCAUCUAGUUUAUAAUGCUGUCCUAGAGUCUGGUUUAGAAAUUGGUGUACACAAGACUGUUAAUAGUGGAGAGAAAUUUAAGUAUCUUGUCCAGUUUAUGUCAUAGAUUGGAAUGUGUUUCUUAAUCAUGACAAUUUCAAUUUAUCUUUCAUUUAAUUCUUAUCAUUUCCUUUAAUACUCUCGUACACUUUUAUCAAAAUUAUUUGAUCCUUCUUUUUAUUUCAAGUACUUAAGUUGCUCCAAAUAUUUUUACUUUGAUUAUUUCUGUGCCAGUAAACAAACAUGAUUAAUUACAUCACAUGGAAACAUCACGUGGUAUUAUUAUAUAACAGAAAGACGGUUAUACCGAAAUAAGAUUAAUUUUAAAAGAUAGGCCUACAGAGUGCCAGAGUGCAGUUUAAUAUUUUGAUUGCAUUAAUCAUUUUGUAAUGACCAAUGGGAACUACCAAUUAUCAUCAACGUACAAUUAGUAAUUACUGCUUGAUUACGCUUCUCGUUAGUCAAUCUUUCUUCCAUUUUAUAAUAUCAAAAGUAAUUUUAGUGUUAGUUCCUUGGACUCGAUAUUUUAAGUAUUUCUGGAGAUUAUUUAUUUAUAUUACUUUUAUGUAUUCCCAUAUGUCGACGAGCUUAUGUGUUAACGAAAAUUGAUUAAGGAUACAAUGUUUAUCGUAACAUCAACGGUACGUUAAACAUGAAACAAUCACGUACUUACUAACAAAAACUGUCGUAGCUAAUAAUAUUUUUUUAAACCGAGCGGUGCUCCGAAAUUGAAAAUAAUAGAUUCUUUUAGCACAAUCGACUGAAAGUAUUCUAUGAUAAUAUAAAUUAUUUUCGACACUAUACAAAUGAAACGCAGGUUUGUUUCUAUAUACUUAAUACUAUUAUACUGACAUGUCAAUAAAUCGUGCAUA